GGCGGGGGUGGGGGUGGAGGUACGGCAGGCGGGGGUGGGGGGUCGUACGACCGACACGUGGAUGAGGCACUAACCCGGCAGCGGCACACGGACCUACGGCUGGCGUACGACAUGUUACUGAGGAGCCUGGCGUGCUUCGUGAAGGACAAGGUCCAGCCUCUGGGUCUGCAGCUGCCCCCCGGCUGGGGUCCCUUUGGUUGGCUGGCGGUGCUGUGCGCCUCCGUGCUGCGGGAGCCGGGCACGGAGGCGGUGCUGGCGGCGGCACACCAGGCGGUGAUGGCGGCGGCAGCGGCAGGAGGGGGAGGAGGAGGAGGAGGGGUGUUGCAGGGGGCAGGAGGCGGAG